GGCCGAAGUCGUCUCCGAGUUUCAUCACUCCUCCUCACUACAUUCCGAAGCUGAUAACAUCCAGCACGCUCAACAAAUCACAGCAUGGAACAAAAAGACCAUCUCUCCGUAAUAGCCGAGGCCAAUAAGCAGCGAAGAAAGCUCCAGAACCGGAAGAACCAAAGAGCCCGUCGACAACGAAUCAAGGGUAAAGACUUUGAGAUAGAUCAGGGGUCAUCUUCAUUUGAGGUCAGGCGCUGGCGCGUUGACGAGGUCGAUGAUUUCUCCCAAGAUAAAGAAACAAACUCGACAACCGUAUCCGUAUCCUAUGCUCCGUCUUGUACACUUCCCUCAACUACCAAGACCAUCACAGCCCUCCGGGUACCACCAUCCACAGGUCAGCUUGAUGAAGUCUUGGCCAUAGACUCAACCCAUCAGCCCUUCAACCUCAGUUACCCCCUCCCCUCCGAUCAGCUCCUUCAUCUCAUACAGUAUAAUGUCUACCGCGCCUUCAUCUCCAUCAAACGCACUCUGAAUACUAUAUCGUUGGAUCCGACAACCUGUCCCGUCUUUGGCCCCUGCUUAGACGAUACAACCCGCUAUCCCCCAAAUCCCAAUAUUCCUUCCUCUCUCGCCCCUACAAAGCUGCAGGAAACUCAAUACCACUUCCCCUGGAUCAACAUUAUGCCUUUCGCCCGUCUCCGCGACAAUCUCAUCCGACGCGAAGGUCGCUUUGACAAUUUCGAACUAUGGCGAGACCUCGUCGGUGAUCUCAUGAACUACACAGCAGCCCCUUGGCAGCGAGGCAAGCCCUUUAGCUUCUCUGCCACUAUCCCAGAGAUUGAACAGUCACGAGGCCUCGUAUUAGAGAAUUACAUAGAUACGGAUGAGCUCACAGCCGGGCGAAACGGCCUCAUCAUUUGGGGCGAGCCGCAUGACAUGCAGAGUUGGGAGGCUACACCUGGCUUUCUUAGCAAGUGGUCUUGGGCAGUCGAAGGCUGUGAAGAACUCGUACAAAUCAGUAAUCGUUGGAGAGUGAGAAGAGGGGCGGAGCCCAUGCGUGUGUCGAUGUCGGUAUUGGGGACAAAUGUGUGAUGACGGCUCUGUACCUUCUCAGUUAGAAGUAAAACAAAAACAAAUUAAAAUAAAGCUAAUUCUUUAUAGAGCUGUUUACGCUUGGCACUAAGAGCUACAAGAAAUAC